AUGAUGGCAGAAGUAGCGUACGUGGCGCUGGAACAAAAAGGAUACGAUGAUGUGGUGGACGAUGCAGAUAAUGGUAACGACGAUGAGGAGGAAGAGGAGGAGGUUGGUCGCUACGAUGACGAUCUAAUGAUCAGAAGUUCUGGUCUGCGGGGUAUCACAGAAGUCUACCGAUGCAACAGAGAACUCGAGCUUGUAAACACUAAAGAAUGUCUCUACGGCCAUGUGCAGGAGACCUGGCUCAGUCGACAACUAACGUAACA